GGCCAUAUACGAGGGUGGGUGCCGCGCCGUGCGGAUUCCUUCGAGAAGCUCGAUAAAAUCGGUCAAGGGACAUACAGUAAUGUAUAUAGAGCUCGUGAUCUUGAUAAAGAAAAAAUUGUUGCUUUGAAAAAAGUGCGUUUCGACACUUUGGAACCUGAAAGUGUAAAGUUUAUGGCUAGAGAAAUUCUGAUUUUGCGCAGACUUGAUCAUCCGAAUAUUAUAAAGUUGGAAGGCUUAGUAACGUCACGGAUGUCUUGCAGUUUGUACCUCGUUUUUGAAUACAUGGAACAUGACCUUGCCGGACUCGCUUCUUUCCCUGGUCUCAAGUUCACUGAACCCCAGGUCAAAUGUUACAUGCAACAACUACUACGUGGGCUUGACCACUGUCACAGUCGCGGAAUUUUGCAUCGGGAUAUUAAGGGUUCCAAUCUCUUAAUUGACAACAGUGGCAUCUUAAAAAUUGCAGAUUUUGGCCUCGCGAGUUUCUUCGAUCCCGACCAACGGCACCCACUGACAAGCCGUGUGGUCACUCUUUGGUAUAGGCCGCCGGAGCUUCUACUUGGGGCCACUUAUUAUGGCGUCGCAGUAGAUUUGUGGAGUUCGGGGUGCAUUCUUGCCGAACUAUAUGCUGGCAAGCCUAUAAUGCCCGGAAGAACUGAGGUUGAGCAGUUGCAUAAAAUAUUUAAGCUCUGUGGUUCACCCUCUGAGGAAUAUUGGAGAAAAUCUAAGUUGCCUCAUGCUACCAUCUUCAAACCUCAACACCCUUAUAGACGAUGUGUGGCGGAAACAUUUAAAGACUUUCCUCCCCCUGCUUUAGCAUUAAUUGAUGUUCUUCUUUCCAUAGAUCCAGCAGAUCGCACAACUGCUGCUUCUGCCCUCAAGAGCGAGUUUUUUACAACGAAGCCACUGCCUUGUGAUCCUUCAAGCUUACCGAACUAUCCUCCGAGCAAAGAGUUUGAUGCAAAGCGGCGAGAUGAGGAAGCUCGAAGGCAAGGUGCUACUGGAAACAAGGCCCAAAGAGUUGACCCAGAAAAGAGAUUCAGAGAGUGUAGGGCUAUUCCGGCUCCUGAUGCAAAUGCAGAGUUAUCCUCAUCAUUGCAGAAAAGACAAAUCCACUCCAAUUCCAUGAGUCGGAGUGAGAAGUUCAACCCUCAUCAGGAGGAAGCCGCCUCCGGCUUUCCGAUCGAGCCACCCCGACCGACUCCAGUCCUCGAAGCAGCUGAAGAUUCCCAAAAGCUCUUUCCUAAUAGGGCUUCCCAUUCUGGGCCGUUGGUCCAUCGUACUCAGUGGUUGAAGACUCAGCAGAGAGAGGAUGACGCGGCCAAAGCAUCUGAGGUCACCAAUGUAUUAGUGAGGAGGAAGGUUUUGUCAGAAGAUAGCAAAGAAAAAAUCAGUGCUCAAGUAGAAGCAGUUGCGUACGCAGCCAGGUUGUCUGAAGCUGGUAAUGAGCACUUGGAACCCACCAGAAAAUACAGUCAAGUUCUUCAGAGGAAAGAAAGUGAAAGGAGCGGCAACAUGGAUCCAACUGCUCAGCAGGGGUUUGGGCCCAAGGGAAACAAGAUCCAUUACUCAGGCCCACUUAUACGCCCAUCCGGUAAUGUCGAUCAAAUGCUCAAGGAUCACGAUCGCCAGAUCCAAGAAGUCUUUCGGCGGGCCCGGCACGACAAGUCGAAAGUAAGAAAGGUCGGGGAAGGGAACCAAUUCGGCAUCAACCCUAGCGAUUUCGGUGUGGGCCCAGUCUACCCGUCAAGCCGAGCGCCCUCCUAUCCGGUGUUCACCUUAGGUCACGGAGGUCCGCCGCAAAACCUUCAACGGGGUCAGCAUGAAAGGAGCAAUUAACACGAAUUCUUCGCAAUUCACGAUUUGGAACAUGUUGCGGUUGGUUUUGGG